GACCAGCGAAAGCUUCGUUGGAGCCCUAGGGUGCCUGGCGAGUGGCGACAUCAUCCGCCCCUAUUCUGGCCGUCGAACCUCUCCAACCCUCGCAGCCUUCUUCGCCCUGUUCGUCGGACAACUAGGCCUUCAUAAAGAGAUUCCUCGGAACACUAGCGCGAGUCGCAACGCCAUCCUCUCUCAUCCUUGCCGACGAACCUUUCUCCCAGCCUCGAAGCCUCUUCUCUCUCGAAGGCUUGAAGCCUGUUCUUUGCUCAACUUUUGUGCUUAUAAAGAGGAGAAAAUAGAACUUUUGUUCUUAUGUUGCCUUCACAAAACCAAUCUUCACUCUAGGAGUAUAGUGUUCUACUAUUGGGAAGAAGGGCGGAACACUCACUAGCUAAGUGUUUAAAGGGAUUAGCCUAAUGGUUAAACGAGAAGUAGCUGAUGGAGGAAUCAAAGAUUCUGGCUCUACUAAGACUAAUAAGAAGGAAAUACUUCCAUCCAUGAUAAAGAAUAAGGAGAAGAGAUCAAUUGUCCACGGAAAGCUCAAGCACAAGAAGAAGCUUGAGAAGCGUAAGAAGGCUAAGGCAUGUGAUGCUGCUGAAAAGUUGGCUCUUGAGCUUGGCGAGGAGCCUCCACCAAAGCAGAUACCCCGGACUAUCGAGAACACACGGGAGUUUGAUGAGACUGUUUGCAGGCCUGAUGAUGAAGAGCUGUUUGCAGCAAAUGAUGCAGAUGAAUUUAGUUCAGUUUUGAAUGAUGAACACACUCCCAAGAUUCUAAUCACUACUUGCCGUUUCAAUUCUUCUAGGGGACCUGCUUUUAUAUCAGAACUGCUUUCAGUUAUCCCGAAUGCACAGUACUAUAAGAGAGGGACUUAUGAUUUGAAAAAGAUUAUAGAAUAUGCAAAACACAAGGAUUUCACCUCUGUUAUAGUUGUUCACACUAACCGCAGGGAGCCAGAUGCUCUUCUAGUUAUUAGCUUACCUAAUGGUCCUACUGCUCAUUUCAAGCUUUCAAGACUUGUCUUGCGCAAAGAUAUUAAGGGUCAUGGAAAUCCCACUAGUCACGAGCCUGAGCUGGUAUUGACAAACUUCAGAACAAGCUUGGGUCAUCGAAUUGGAAGGAUGAUACAGUCACUUUUCCCCCGAGAUCCAAAUUUUCGUGGUCGGCGAGUUGUGACUUUUCACAACCAGAGAGACUUUAUAUUCUUUCGUCAUCAUCGGUACAUUUUUGAAAGUAAAGAAAGCAAACCUAGUGACCCAAAAGAUAAAAAUGGAAAGAAUGCGAGUGGUGAAAGCACUUCUAAAGGGAAAUUAGUAGCCCGCCUUCAGGAGUGUGGUCCUCGUUUCACUUUGAAGUUGAUCAGUCUACAGCAUGGAACAUUUGACAGCAAAGGCAGCGAAUAUGAGUGGGUUCACAAGCCGGAAAUGGACACCAGCCGCAGGAGAUUUUUCUUGUGACUUGCUUUGCUAGUCCUUUGGGCCCAGAAUGGAAAGCUUUUCGAGACUCGUGGCCCUGCAAUGGAAGUUGGUUUCACAUAAAAAGAUUGGAGAGUUCUGAAACCUGCAAACAGAAUGGCCGUUGAAAUUUUUGCACAAUGUUCUAUCUUGAUGUGCCCACCUGCCUUGCGAUUGUACCGUUUCUUAAUUCUUUUUGGCUACUGCUAUUUUUUUUUGGGGAAGUCUAGAUUAUUCUGAAUCCAUGUCUCCUUUUGCACUUGCAUUAGUUUUUUUUUUUUUUUUUGUCAUUUUAUAAAUUUAAUUUAGGAUAAAAAAUUACAUUGCAAUGGGUAAGUUCUGUUGGUAGUCCGGCAAAUAUGGGCGUAGUUGUUUGUAUUCAGGUUUCAAAACUUUAAUUUGUUGCACCACUGGUCUCGCAACUAUUUAAUUGCUAUUUAAUUUGGUGCGAUUUGACAUUCAA